AUGUUAAAAGAAUAUGGGUUGGAGAAAAAUGAUUGGGUACUAGAUGAAUAUCAAAAGAGGAAAAGUUGGACAAGCGCCUACUUGCAAGAUAAAUUCUGUGCUGGAUUUAGAACAACAUCAAGGUGUGAGGGGAUAAACAACUUUAUCAAGAGGCUUAUUGGCAUUCUCCAAAGUUGUUUAGAGCUGGUCCAUAAUCAUGAACAUGCUCUUAGGGAUUAUAGACACAAUGAAUUAGUUUCUCAAUUUAAGACGGUGUAUGGAGAGCCUGUUAUAACAACUCGUUUAGCUACAUUAGAGCUUUGUGCUGCAAAUUUUUACACAAGGGAGAUUUUUGGCAAAGUAAAAACAGAGAUUGAAGAAGUGGUUGCAUUAGAUGUUAUAAAUGAAGAAAACAUAUCAACUACUGUUGUGUUAAAAGUUAAGGAGUGUGACAGAAUGCAACAUAUAUACACCAUACUGUAUGAUCGCAACACUGAGAAUAUGGAGUGUGAAUGUAGUAGAUGGAGUAGUGAAGGCAUUUCCUGCAGCCAGAUGUCUUGUGCCAUGAAAAGGAUAGGUUUACAGAAGUUUCCAGAAAGUCUUCUUUUGAGAAGAUGGUCCAAGGAUUCCACAAAGUAUCUGGAUGAAAGUUCAGCUGGAAGCACUAUGCAAGACAAAGAAAGAGAAUUUUUAAUGCCCUAUGGCGUAUUGUCAGUGGCAGCUACAUGGAUAGUAUUCUUAGGAGCUCAAGAUGGUUCUUCUUUUCAUGACACCAUGAAUGAAGUUUCUCGUUUAACCAAAAUACUAGAGGAAAAGUCGUGCUUGAAAAGAGGAACAAUAGUGCCUCCCACGCUAAACUUUGUUGGUGACCCUUCAAUUGUCAAGACAAAAGGUAUACCCAAGGGAAAAAAAGAGAGAGGGAAACGGAGGUGCACUAAAUGCAACAAUUCCAGUCAUCUAAAGAAGAAUUGUCCUGUGAUGAAUGACGGUGACAAUUCGGGUGAUAAGAUUGGUGGUGGCACGCAGGCUAGCUUUGGUGCAGAAGAGGAGCUUUCCAAAGACCCUAUGGCUUCUCAAGGGACAUCAACAGAGCCAAAUACAAAAGUAGAUGCAUAUGUACAACUAGGGUUUGAAAUAGGUAAUUCAGGAUUGAAUAAUAGCCAUGAGACUCUCAUCCCACCAUAUGGAAGUCAUCAGUGGUUAUUACAUGUAUGA